AUGUGGUGGCGCACGAAACCGGACAUGCACUCGGAUUCUGGCAUACACAUCAACGACCCGACAGGGAUCGUCAUAUCUCCAUCAAUUGGAAAAAUGUCAUGGAAGAAGCUACCGCGUCAUUUAUGCCCUUUCGAAGCAUGCUCCAAGCGUUCGGAAUUCGUCAGGUUAGCGACAAUGAAUACACUGCUGGUCUCACUUUCUGUUCUGUUAAUAGCAGCUAUUGAAAUGGAUCAAGUUUCGGCACGAUACGUCCGAACGGGAUACGUCAGCGAUCCAGUUGAACUACUUCUUCAAGAUGCCUACUCGUCGUAUGCGUAA